AUGGCCCAGUCGAGUGAAAACCCUCCGCGAUCGUCACGGCGUGCGGCGAAACCCCAAAGGCUUCGGCCGCAUCGGAUACACGACAUGAGCGUAGCUAUUACGUACAAGCAACUGCAUGGACGAAUCAUGACGAGCACCGAGCACGGUGGGUCCGGCGUCGUUCGAACCCUCGAAUCCAUGAUGAUCACGGCUGGGCGCCAGUGGGGAUCAGCUAGGUGCAGCGAGAAGGACGCAAAGAAGCAUGGUGUACCGGGCGAUGCUUCACUUUCCGAAUCCCUACGGAUAGGAGGUACUUCAAUAUGA